AGUUUUUUCUCACAAUGGCGGCAUUUUCAUUAGUUUAUGAUUAAAAAGUCAACGUGUCAGCGAUGUGUUGGUUUGAGAAUUAAAUGUCUUUUUUUUAUUAUUUAAAGAAACGAGAGAAUAUUAAAAUUAAUUCUCAUGGAGGUAAAAAUAAUUACACCUGUCAAUAUUUUAUUGGUUGAAGCUAAUGUAAUUGUAGUAUUUUUAACCUAACCUCCUUCUGUCACGUACAAUUGGUAAUGUUUAUAAUUUCAAUGAAAUUGAAUAUUUUCUAAAGAAAAGAAAUAAAAAUAAUUAUCAAAAAAUGUCUGAUUUACGUUAUAAUUAUUUAACAUUGUUAUAUUUAACGACUUUAAUUAUUUCAAUUGUUAAAUGUCACGAUGUGAUUUAUGCAAUUAACGCUGGUGGAGAUUCUCAUAUAGACAAUAAUGGCAUUCGUUAUGCUAAAGAUCCACUUUUUGAUAAAGUUGGAACAGCUUCCGAUUAUGGAAAACAACUUUUAAUUGGAAGAAUUCAUCCCAAUGAUCAUAUUCUUUAUCAAACUGAACGUUAUCAUCAUAGUACGUUUGGUUACGAUAUACCAGUGAGCGAUGAUGGUGAUUAUGUUAUGAUUUUGAAAUUCAGUGAAGUUUAUUUUAAUUCACCAAAUAUGAAGGUUUUUGACAUUGUUUUAAAUGGAGAUCAUACAGUAGUGACGGAUUUGGAUAUUUUUGAAAAAGUCGGUCGUGGAAUUGCACACGACGAAUAUGUACCAUUUACAAUACAAAAUGGUAAAUUAUAUUACAAUGACGACGAGUCAGAUAUAGUUUCAGGAAAAAUCCGAGUUGAAUUUAUUAAGGGCUACCGUGAUAAUCCAAAAAUAAAUGCAAUUGCUGUUAUUAAAGGAAGCCUUGAUGAUGUACCUCAACUGGGACCAAUUCCUCAAGAUUCUGAGGAAGAUGAAGAAUUACAGGAUGAAGAGGAGGAAUCUGUGGUUCGAUCAAGACACACUAGUGGUCCACGAACUCCGGAUCCAUAUUCCACGGAAGAAUAUUCAAUGAUGUUACCUGUUUUUAUUGCUAUAGGAGCCUUCAUACCGCUUCUAUUUUGUCUCUGUAAAUUGUAGAAAAAAUUAUCAUCAAGGUACUGUGUACUUAAAAAAACAAGUUGUAAAUUCAGAUGUUCAUUACAUGAACAUUUUGCUUCCUCUUUACGAUCAGCAAAAAAAUUUGCUUCCUCGUGGAGAAAGCAAUAUUUUAUUGCCAAAAUGUCAAUUUUUAAUUUUUUAACUUUCAUUAAUUCUUUAAAUUUACCUCAAAUGUAUACUUUAUAUAUAUCGAUCGAUCGAUUCGUCUUGACGUAAGGAAUACGAUUUUAUUAUAUAUAACCUUAAAUUUUUCUAUUUAAAAAUUUUUUCGAUUAAAAAAAAAUUUUUCGAAAAAAGACGAUAAAAAUUUUUUUUUGGGGUAUUUUUUAAAAUCAUACAUCUGGACAAUUGAUCAUGA